GAAAAUUUAAAGAGCCCAUUCUACUGACUGCACCAACUGCGAGCGAUGUUUUUAGUUCUGCUUUCUGCCUUCAUCGGCGUUUUUACGUCGUUCGAGCUCACAGUCCAGAGGAGGCGUCGGUCAGCUACUCGCAGAUCACGCCUUCGUCGAGAGCUUUUACGGAAUUUCUCAAAUAACAUUGUGAGCCCUACAAUCUACUGCCACCUGAAUGCUGCUGUGCCAAUUCUUCGGAUGUAUUUUGAAGAUGGAGCUGACAUCCGCCCCCAAACUCCGACUUUCACGGCAGUCCAUCCAAUCCUUGAUUGCUGCAGUGAAACCUGAAUGCGACCAUGGCUGGGAAAAGGACGUUGAGGUGCUGGUGUUCCUUUACUGGCUGGCCCAUGGAGCCUCAUACCGGGUAGUGUCACUCACCUUUGACAUCCCGAAGUCUACUGUGCACGACAUUGUGCACAGAAUGAGCAAGACAGUCAUCGGGAUUUUGAGGCAGCUCAUCGCUUUCCCCAGUGCGGAUGACCUGGAGGCGGUGGGAGCAGGUUUUGCCCAGCUGGCAGGGUCUCCAGCUUUUAGAGUAGUAGCUGGUGCUAUAGAUGGCUGUCACAUCCGCAUUAAACCACCAGCAAGUGAUGUGCAGUGCUACUUUAAUCGGAAGCUCUUUAAUUCUGUACAGCUGCAGGCCAUCACUGACCACCAGGGGAAGUUCCUCGACAUUUUUGUGGGGUAUCCUGGGUCUGUGCAUGAUGCCAGGGUGCUGAAGAACAGCCCUGUGUACACUGGCCGCCUGUUUCCACCUGCAGGAAAAUGCAUCCUUGGAGAUGGUGGGUAUCCUUGCCUGAGUGCGCCCAUCUGCCUCAUGACGCCAUACAGAGAGCCUGUACAGAAUGCUGUACAGGCUCGCUACAACAGGAAGCAUUCUCGUGCACGGAACAUCGUCGAGAGGGCCUUCGGGAUGCUGAAAACACGCUGGCGUUCCAUUUUUUUCAAGGCACUGGAAGUCAGCCCUGCUUUUGUGCCAGAUGUCAUAGCAUGCUGUACGGUGCUCCACAACCUCUGUCUUAGUAAUGGGGACAUAGUUGAUCCAGAAGUUGCGGAGGAUGACGAUGGCCCACCUGAACCCUGCAACACAGAAGCCAGCGCAGGAGAGCAUGUGCGGGACGAUUUAGCUGCAGCGGUGUCUGCACCUGGCAACUGUGUGCCUGCUCUUCAUGAGCACGAUUACCUGUAGGACACUUAACACAGGUUAAAAUCAGUUCUUGUUCUUAGAUUGACAGUGUUCCAGCUUGUCUAUGUUAGUUAUUAUGUAAAUAGUUAGGAGUGUGUGUGGGCACAGCCCACAGGGUGCUGUGAUGCGUACAGUGCAGUAGUAGUAGUUAGAGAGGUGCAUGGCCAUCUGUGUGCAUCCCUCUGUCUUACAGCUCACUGCCGCUGGACAAAGCCUCUCCAUCACCAAGACUCCUGUCGGGCCUCCUCGCGGCUGCACAUGGUAACUGGGGAUAUUGCAGACCCAGGCUAAUCGACAGGGGAUCUCGGAGCUACAGUGGUCCCUAGAGGUGACACCCACCAACCACUGGCACACUGCCUUAGGCUGUGUGUGAAUUUGUAU